AUGCCAAAUUUAGCCUACUCAAACUUCUCGACCACUUCUGCCAGGACCCCGUCGGCACGAGUCACGAACCACUGUCCAGUCGGUUCAGCUCCCUCAAACCCUUCCGCCGAGGUUCACCUCAUGAAUCUCUAUUCCCUGUUCGUGUGCGUGGAGGUGGUUUUCGGGAUACUAAUGAUAACGCCUAGACUCCCCCCGCCCAUCAUCCUCCCCCCCCCCAUCAUACCCAAACCAAGCCGCACCAUCAUAAAGAAUCAAGCCAAAACCCUCAAAACCUUCAAACCGCACCAUCAUAACAAAUCAAACCCCCACCAUAUACCCAAACCAAGCCCCCAUCAUCCAAACCAAACCAACCACAAACCCCAAUUCAAGCCACACCAUCAUACCAAUCCAAGCCACACCAUCAUACCAAUCCAAGCCACACCAUCAUACCAAUCCAAGCCACACCAUCAUACCAAUCCAAGCCACACCAUCAUACCAAUCCAAGCCACACCAUAUACCAAUCCAAACUUUCACCCUAUACCCAAUUUUAAACCGCCCAAUCAACCAACCAAGCUACCCCAUCAUACCAAUCCAAACACAAAACCUCUACCCUCCAAGCCACACCUCAUACCAACCAAGCCCACCAUCAUACCAAAACCAAACCCCCACCCCUCAUACCAACCAAGCCGCACAAUAUACCCCUUGCCCUAA